AUGCCGAGCUCCUGGGUGCUGGUGCUGGCGGUGCUGGGGGGGGCCUGCGCCCUCCCCGCCCCGGCCCCCCUCACCUACACCCAGGUGCUGGCUCAGGCCAUUGACUCCUUCAACCAGCGCCCCGAGGUGCAGAACGUCUUCAGGAUGCUCAGCGCCGACCCCGAGCCCACCCCGGACGUCCAGCUCAGCUCCCUGCAGCGCCUCAACUUCACCAUCACGGAGACGCAGUGCCCGGCGCGCUCGGGUGCCUGUCUUGACGCUUGUGAGUUCAAGGAGGACGGGGUCAUCAAGGUCUGCUCUGUGCCCGUGCCGCAGCGCGGCAGCCACCUCGUGCUCGAUGUCGUCUGCGUGGACUCCACCGUCAAUCCCAUCCGUGUCAAGCGCUUCUGGCCGCUGCUGAGGGUGGCCAUCAAGAUGGUGGCUGCCGGCAUCAACUUCUUCAAGGUCAUUGUGAGGAAAUGA